AUUUCAAAUCGAGGCUAUUUACUAGGGUUUUUAUUUCAUACUAGCAAACUUGUUGAUGAACAUCACUAGACGUAAAGAAGUAAAGAAAAAGAUACAGCAAUAUGUCUAGAAGAAAGGCUGGAAACACAUUAAUUUGCCCCAACCAUCCUAAUGCUACAUUACUUGAAGACUACAGAGCUGGUGACAUGGUUUGCCCAGAAUGUGGACUAGUUGUGGGAGACAGGGUGAUAGAUGUUGGCUCUGAGUGGAGGACAUUUAGCAAUGAAAGUAACUCUACUGACAGAUCACGUGUGGGGGCAUCAGAGAAUCAUUUACUGGAUGGAAAUGAUUUAUCAACCAUGGUUGGGAGUGAUAGGAACUCAGGGUCUGCUGCAGAUUUUCGGUCUUAUUCAAAGUACCAAAACACAAGAAGUGGGACAAGUGGGUCAGACCGAAGUCUCUUAAAUGCAUUUAGAGAAAUUACUAUCAUGGCUGACAGGAUAAAUUUACCUGCGAAAAUUGUGGACAGAGCAAAGACAUUGUUUAAACAAGUCCAUGACCAAAAGACAUUAAAGGGCAGAAGCAAUGAUGCUAUUGCGUCUGCGUGCCUUUUUAUUGCUUGCAGGCAAGAAGGGGUUCCACGGACAUUCAAAGAAAUCUGUGCCAUUAGUAAAAUUUCAAAGAAAGAGAUUGGUCGUUGUUUCAAAUUGAUCUUAAGGGCACUGGAAACAAGUGUUGAUCUUAUAACAUCAGGAGAUUUCAUGUCACGUUUCUGUUCAAAUCUUGGACUACCUUCAUCAGUGCAGCGAGCUGCUAGUUAUAUUGCAAAACGUGCUGUAGAGUUAGAUCUUGUUCCUGGCCGCAGUCCAGUGUCAGUUGCAGCAGCCACAAUUUACCUGGCAUCACAAGCAUCAGAAGACAAACGUACACAAAAAGAUAUUGGUGAUAUUGCUGGUGUAGCAGAAGUUACAAUUCGUCAAUCAUACAAACUCCUUCUACCUAAAGCUGCUGAACUGUUUCCACCAGACUUCAAGUUCCAUACACCAGUAGAGAGUCUCCCACCUGCUUGAUAGUUAUCAAUACAUUAAUUGUUAACAGUAACAUUUUGGUUUAAUGUAAGAUCAUUUUGGUCUUCAGGGUAAAUCUGCUAUGCCCUGUGUGCUGAACAUUUUUCUCAAAAUAUUCUGUGCACCAAUGGCUUAGAUUCACUUGUGCCAAGUGUAUACUGACAGUUUCAGCAUUAGCACACCACUAAUUUUAUUUGCCAUGUCAAAGACUAUACUUCACCCUGGAUUGGUCUCUGGUAUUGAGCAAAAUAUACAAUAAUGUCAACAACUGAUGUGGUUAGUGACUGAUACUCAAAGCUUUAAGCAAAAGUUUUUUGAACAGUUUAAUGUAAUUUGCUGUUGUACACAAUGUGUAACUUUUGGUAAAACAAUCUGUAAAAAAUUCAACAUUACAUACAGAAGAUUUCGAGGUAGUUUCCUUUUUUCUGUGUAAUUUGGAAGAUUCGAUAUCCUCAAUGUUGACUAAUUUAAAUGGUUUUCACAGCUUUUCUUAAAAAUAAAGCUUUGCAACGUUUGUUGAUGUUGAAAAAUUACUUGUAUUAUAAAAAAUGUUGAUAUGUUUUCUAAUAUAGAAAAAUAGUGAACUUCAAUUUUACACGCUAGAAUAUAUAGCAUAAGCAAGUCAAUGUUCCUUUGUUUGUCAAAUUGCAGCAAUAAUAACUUUUAAAUUAAAUUCACUAGAAUCAUUACUUAAUUCUAUAUACAAAGAGACAUAUUUUGUUAAUUUACUUCUAUGUUAUACUGACAAAAGCAGAGAGAAAUAUUUACAAAAAAACAGGUUAC